AUGGAUAAAGAGAAGAAGAGAUACUCCAGGAGCAUCCGGGACGGUCAUCAUCGAGAUUUAAGUGCCGAUCAUUCUCCAGAACAUGAAGGCGGACGUCACAGUGGUGAUUCGAAGCGUAAUCACUAUCAUCAUGAGAGGUUUCACGAAGGAAGUACGGAGAAACAAGCGAGGCUUAAGAGAAAAGAUAGAGAGGAAGAGAAUAGGGCUAGAGAAGGAAACAAGAAACCUAGGUUUUGUGGCGAGAGGAGGAAGAGUAGCAGAUUUGAAGAUGUGGCUGUGGAAUCUGAGAACAACAACGCUCAAGUCCGACAGGCACACACAGAGACAGCUGUAAAGAAACCGACCAAAGUCCAUGUUCUGCGUCUGGAUGCACUUGGAAGAGAGAUAGAUGAACAAGGACAUGUGAUUAGUGUGACUAAACCAGGCAAUCUUACUACAUUGAAAAUUAACCUCAAGAAAGAUGCUCUUCAGAUUCUCGAACCUCAUCAAGAUCCACAAGAAAACCCCUAUUUCGAUCCAAGGAUGGGUGAUAUUGAUAAAAACAAAAUUUCGAGACCUAGACAGUUGUUAUCUGAACGUGUCACAAGAAAAGAGAAGCGCAAGGAGCCAAUCCCUAUGUUGAGUGAGCCGCCUGCAGAGGCAGCUCCUCCACCUCCACAGCCUCUUAAGCUGACAAAGAAGGAACGGAAGAAACUGCGAACACAGAGGCGUGAGGCGAAAGAAAAGGAGUCACAGGAGAUGGUCAAACUAGCAACCCAAGACCCAACCAAGCUUGAGAAAGAGAUCCGCAAAGCAGCUGCUGAGCGUGAACAGGCUCACACCGACAGGAACGCCGCGAGGAAGCUGACUCCUGCGGAGAGACAUGAGAAGAAAGAAAGAAAGCUUUUUGAUGAUCCAACAACAGUUGGGACGGUUGUGUCCGUGUACAAGAUCAAGAAGCUAUCGCAUCCCAAAACAAGAUUCAAGGUGGAGAUGGAUGCAAGUCAAAACUCAUUAACAGGGUGUUGUGUGAUGAUGGCGGACGGGAUGAGUAUUGUUGUGGUUGAGGGUAAGAGCAAAACAAUAAAGAGAUACAAGAAGCUGAUGCUGGAGCGAAUAAAGUGGAAAGAGGCGGAGAAGAAGGAAGAAGAUGAAGAUGAAGAGGAAGAAGAAGAGGAAAAUGGUGGAAACAAGUGUUGGUUGGUUUGGCAAGGAAGUGUUUUGAAACCGAGUUUUCAUAGGUUUCAUGUACAAGAUUGCUUGACCGAAUCUGCUGCCAAGAAAGUUUUCACGGAUGCUGGUGUUGCUCCCUACUGGAAUCUUGCUCUCAAUCACUCUGACGACUAA